AUGAAUUAUGAUUAUAUGGGAGCGAUAAAGGUGAAGGAUGGUUUAUUUUUAGGGGAUCAAUUUGCAUCCUAGGAUCUGGAAUUUAUUGUCACAAAUAAAAUAUCAAGAAUAAUAAAUUGCGCAUCAAAAUAAAUACCUAAUCACUGGGAAUCUAUAGGGAUCAUAUAUAUGUCAUUUCCUUGGAUAGAUAAUAACCAAUAAAUUAUUUUUUAAUCAGAUGAGAGUAUAAACAUAGCAAUAAAAUUCAUUGAUGAUGCUUUGAUUAAUGGGGAAAGUGUGAUUGUGCUUUCAGCAAAAGGACAUAAUAGAUCUGUAGCAGUUUUAUGCGUUUAUUUAAUGAAAAAAUAUAGAUGGACUCUUUAUAAGACUUUACAAUUUAUGCAUAAUCGAAGACCAGAUCUAGAAAUGAAAGCUCAUUUUUUUAAUUAACUAUUAUCAAUAGAAACCAGAUUGCAGAAAUAAGGAUAUGGAGCAAAAACUUUUAAUUGGGAUGAAUUAUACACUUAAGGAGAGAAUGAUGAAAUAUUAAUAAGGAACACUUAUCUAAAUUCUUAGCCUUAGGGUGUAGCAGAAUUUAAAGAUCUUGAUUCUAAGCCAAAAGAAUUCAAAUUGAAAUUUACUGAUAAAAUUACAAUGUAAAUUCCUCCUUAUGAUAAAAUAAUCUUCUCCAAAAGUAAAAGCGUAUUUAAAGUUAUUAAACCAAUCAUAAAAGUGUCUGGUUCUUCGAAAUAAAUAGACCCAAAGUUUUAAUUACUAUUGAAGUAACAAUAAUAAAAAAUAAAUUACGAAUAGAAUUCAAAUAUUUAUGAUUAAUAAGCUAAGAAUCUAAAUUAACCUGAUCAACAAAAAUAAAGUCCCUUGUAAACAUCUUCAAUUUUACCUCAAAGACCAUCAUCAGUAUAACAAAUACAACAAUAAAGAGUUUAAUAAAAUAGUUUUAUGGAUUCAAGAGAUUAGUUUUUUUAAAAGUAGCAAUAAUAAAAUUAAAAUGGAUUUACUGGAACCCGUAGACCUUAAACAGCCCCAAAUUAGUUGAAAGCCCCUAGAGUUUAAACCACUCCUUAUAAAGGGAAUACAAGCUCAGGAUAGAAAUAUGAAUCAGGUCCAUAUCCAAAUUCUCAAUUUAAACCUAUGAAGUAGAGAGCAUAAUCUCCUAAGGCAGCGUAUAAUGUUUCUAACCCAUAUGUCUAAAGAGAUUUCAAGUCUAAAUCUAUGAAAAAAUGA